CUCCACCAUGCAGCCCGCACGCACGCUCCUCCUGCUCGCCGCCCUCGCGGCCCUCGCCGCCGCCCUGCCCCGCGCGCCCCGCGCCGCCGCCCCCGCCCCCGCCCUCGCCCGGGCGCGCAGGCAGCUCGCCGACGACGACAAGUUGCAGCCCCUCGAUGUGGAGGAGGGCGAGGAGCAGACGCGUGAGAAGCGCAAGCUGGAGGGCGUCACGCAGGCUGGCUUCGGCAUCAAGAACGCCAUCCUCGGAUUCGUCUUUGGAAAGAUCAACUCGCUGAUCGACGCGAAGACCCGUCUGAUCGACACGCUGGACAAGCAGAACAUCGAGAAGAACAAGCAGUACGGCAUCGAGGCGCCGCAGAACGGGCUGGCGUCGCUGGGCGGCGUGGUGUCGCAGGUGGUGGGGCCCAAGCUGCAGCUGCUGGGGCCCAAGAUCCAGGCCGUGUCGGGGCUGUUCGGCGGCUCCUCCGGCGGCGGCGCAGGUGCGGGCUCGGGCGGCGGCGGGCUGGGGUCCAUCAUCUCGCUCGUGACGUCACUGUCGGGCUCAUCUAGCGGCGGCGCGGGCGCCACCGGCGGCGUCGAGACCAUCGACUCCUCCUCGGAGGAGGACGACUCGUCGUGAGCCGCCGGGCCGCACCGGGCCACACCGGGCCGGGCCGAGUGACGUCACGCUUCAAUUUGUUGGCUUUUUUAAUUAGGAGUUCCCGCGUUGUGUUUGCUAGUGUUAGUUGUGACAGUUCCUCCAGUAGGUGAAUGUAAAGCUUCGUCCGCAAUAGUCUGGGAUGUAUUAUAGAAUAAAAGGGUGUGAUAAGUAUAAACAUAAGGCUUUGAUAAAUAAUACAGUUCAACUAACAUUGUAUAGUUCAUCCCGCAAUUUGUUUCUGUUGUUUUUUUUGCUCCAUGUGAUAUAUUUUAUAGAUAUGUUAGCUUGUUUUAAUCUACUGUUUGUUGCAUAGGUUCAACAUGGAAAUAACACAGAAUAUAUAUCUCUAUAUAACUUACUCGUCAAUAUCUUUAUCAAUAUGAAGUGGCUCUACUGCUUGUGUAUUUAGUUUAAUAAUCCUGAAGUAGUAUUGUUGAGUGUUACCAACAUGCUCUUGCAUGCAGAGAUUAUGUCGAAACCAGUUUGUUAUAUUCUGUGUCAUUACGUGUUGCCUUUAUAUUGUUUUUGCUGUUAAUGUACAAAUGUGGACUAUUGCGGGCGGCUCCUCUCGCCACCAGUCACUUGCCGACAGCUGUGUGUACUAUGUACUUGUUAUUAUGUACUAUUCUCAAAUUGCCAACUGUUGCCACAUGAAAUGUAAAUAAUGAUCCAUGACAAUUUAAAUUAAAUAAAUGUAUGACGAUUGGAAUUGUAUAUAAGAGGCUAGAAUCCAACAAAAUUGAAGCGUGCUGUCACAUAACUAAACAUUAUUUUUAUACCCAGUACUACUAGUUAAGUACAAACCUCUAAAUCAUUACGAAUUAUCCUAAUACUUACCUAUUAAUGUCCAACAUGGCCGCCUGUACAGCCCGCGGCCCUCCCUUCUCCACCUCCCUCGCUGUAGCUCCAUCUGUAACAUACUUUAUACUUUUUAACUUAGAGUAUCAUUUACUUUGGCACGUUUUCCCGUUGCACCCAUUUCGUAAGUCACCUGUAGUUUCGAAGGAUGAUUACGUUUGUAUAAAGUUGUCUGUUCUGUUUCCCAGUAGCCACAGUGUAUAGCCACAGUGUGUAGCCACAGUAUGUAGUUACAGGGGGUUCACUCCUCCUAUACAGGCCAGCUGGCACCGGCAGCGGGGGAGCGAGUCAAGCGAUAUCCUUUUCGCUCACACUCUGUAUAUUUAUGUAUUUACUUUUGUAAAUAGUUUGUAAGGUGAGUGGUGGUGAUAAUAAAAGUAUUUUUAAAUAA